UCUAAUACAAUGAAUCGCUGUAAUAAAAAGGGAUUAGUAAGUCAGGAUGCCUCUCUUCCCAAUUGCAGAAUUAAUAACAAUAAUUGUAAAACCCAGUUAUUAAAUAAGUGCGUAGGUGUUGUGGGUGAAGGCGCG